UUUCUUGUAUUCUGCUUCAAUUCUUCUGUGUGUUAAAAGUUGGAUAUAACUUUCAUCAUUACUUUUCUAUAUUUGCUACUUUUUAGAUUCUUGGACUCUUUCAUUUUCAUAGUUAGUGGGGUUUUAAAUUUCUUUGAAAGUAUGCAGAUGAUUCCACUAUGAGGCUGUGUUUGGAUAUGACAAUGCUAUCAGGAAACCAUUGUAAUUUGUGGCUAGGAAUUCAAAAUCAUCCUUCCAGAGGAAGAUUUAACCAGAUUAUAUGUCCAGGAUCUGGCCCAUAUAUUCCUUCUAGAGGUUCAUUUUUUUACCAUGGUCAAUGUCUUGCUGGUAGUUCUCAUCAAAGUGCCAGGAGAUGUAGGCCUAUUUUUUCAAGUACAGUGGACGAUGGUAUGGAUCCAGAUGAUUCAGAAGAUGGAAUUGACAAGAAACAACCUUCUAAUGGUGAAUUAGGAGGGGUUAAUAGUGAAAUGAUCAGAGAGAAUCUUGAAAGAAUUGUUGGCUCAGAUGAUUCUACCUUUAGCGGGUUAGACCUUGCAACUCUUAUUAGGAACAAGUAUGGGAGAUCCUAUGAUGUUCUACUAAUAAAGAAGGAGUUUAUGGGAAGAAAUCUACUUGCUUUAAAUGUCAUGUGGAAGUACAUGGAGCAGAGAUCCUUUCCGCUGACUGAAGAAGAGUAUUUGCUGAGGCUUGAUGAUGUUGCAAACACAUUGAAAUGUUGGGGAGCCAUCUCACAUAUUCGGAACAGCCUGGAAAAACUGAAAGAGAGGCCUCGGAUUGGCAAGGCAGUUAGCAUUUUCAUAGACAUGGAUGAGUCUGGGGGUCGCUCAAAUGAAUGGAUUUACAAGUAGAUGCUUGUGCUCCUGCAAUUUCUCCAUACGAACGACAUCCUUUGCUGUCACCAACUUUCAAAGUUGAAGGUCUAUUUUAGUCACUCUUUGAUCCGCAGGAACUAUGGUAUAGCAGCAGCACAAAGACAUGGAAGUAUGCUACCUUCUAAGUUCUACAUACAUACCGGUAAUGGCAUACCAAAAAUGCAUACGAUCUUUUGUAAAAAUUUCAUCAAUCUAGUCUCUCUUUAUAUCAAA